AUGGCGAAUCGAACUGUCAAAGAGGCAGCAUCGGUCAAAGGGACGAAUCCUCAAUAUUUAAUUGAGAAAAUUAUUCGUACCCGUAUUUAUGAUUCACAGUAUUGGAAAGAAACGUGUUUUGCCUUAAGCGCCGAAUUACUGGUUGAUAAAGCCGUUGAAUUAAAAUUUAUUGGUGGUGUUUAUGGUGGAAAUAUUAAGCCGUCGGCAUUUAUUUGUCUUGUUCUUAAAAUGUUACAAAUUCAACCAGAUCGAGAUAUUAUUAUUGAAUUUAUUAAAAAUGAAGAAUUCAAAUAUGUUCGUGCAUUAGGCGCAUUUUAUAUGCGUCUUGUUGGCACAUCUGUCGAGUGUUAUAAAUAUCUUGAACCAUUGUAUAACGAUUAUAGAAAAAUGAAACGAAUGAAUCGAUCUGGCAAAUAUGAAUUAAUUCAUGUAGAUGAGUUUAUUGAUGAGUUAUUAAGAGAAGAACGUGUACUUGAUGUUCAAUUACCUCGAUUACAGAAACGAAGUGUUCUCGAAGAAAAUAAUCAAAUCGAACCACGUGUCAGUGUACUGGAUGAAGAUGUUGAUGACUCUGAAUCAAGUGACGAUAGUGAAGAAGAUGAAAAAAUGGAAGAUCAGCCGAAAAAGAAAUAUCGUGAUCUUGAUAAACCAGAACGUUCACCUUCUCCAAGAUUUCUUCGAUCACCAUCGCCAAAACGAAAACGAUCCAGAACUCGAUCAAGAAGUCGUUCACCUCGAGAACGUAAACAUCAUCGAAGGAGUACUUCAAAACAUCGUGAACGUGAUCGUGGCGAAAGAAAAGAAAAAGAACGUGAAAGAGAAAGAGACAAAGAAAAACGAAGACGAGACUAA